UUUUUUUUUUUUUUUUUUUUCCCUCCUCCUUCCCCUCCUUCCUCCCCCUUUUCCCUCCCCUUCGCCUGCGCUGCCAGAGCCACCGAAACUCCCGUGCAGAGCUCCGCCGCCGCCGGUAGCCCGUGCGCUGCCCCGGCGCUCGCUCGGGCUGGAAAGUUGCGGCAGGCUCCGGGCUCGGCUGCCGCGGGGAGGGGGCUCCGGACUUACAAAACCCGGCCGGGGGCACGGGCUGAGCGUUUGCACCGACCUUCUUCUUCCUGCACAGACCCGAAGGCAGCAUCUUUGUUUUGUUUUGCUUUUGCCCUUCCUGCUACCGCUCCUUUCUCCUUGCGGCCGGGCGCCUCGGAGCCGGGAGCUGCCGCAGCCCGCGGUGCGGGGCGAGCGCUGAUACCGAGAGCCAGGAGCCAGCCAGGCGGCCCCGGGGGCCGGCUCCUCCUUGGCUUUGUUGCUCCGGACUGAAGAAGCCCCAGAAGCCGGGAGAAGGAGGCGGCGGAGGAGGGGGAGCAGAGGAAAGGAAGCGAGAGGCGAAAGGCAAAGUUGGUUUGGAAUAGGGGAGUGCGGCCAGCCCUCUGCCAGACUGCGCGCUGGGGUGAAGUCUCCAGCCCCCUCCGCCGGGAGAGGUGCCCGCAAGACAGCGAUGGCCGGAGAGCUCAGCAUCGGAGCCGAGCUGCCCACUAGCCCGCUGGCCAUGGAGUACGUGAACGACUUCGACUUGAUGAAGUUCGACGUGAAGAAGGAGCCCCUGGGCAGGAACGACCGCUCGGGCAGGCACUGCACCCGCCUGCAGCCGGCCGGCUCCGUGUCCUCCACCCCCAUCAGCACCCCCUGCAGCUCCGUGCCCUCCUCGCCCAGCUUCAGCCCCACCGAGCAGAAGACCCACUUGGAGGACCUGUACUGGAUGGCCAACAGCUACCAGCAGAUGAACCCCGAGGCGCUGAACCUCACCCCAGAGGACGCUGUCGAAGCCCUCAUUGGGUCCCACCAGGUGUCCCAGCAGCUGCAGGGCUUCGAGGGCUUCCGGGCCCACCACCAUCACCAUCAUCAUCAUCACCAACACCACCACCAGUAUCCUGCAGUCACUCACGAAGACCUGGCCGGCAGCGGGCACCCUCACCAUCACCACCAUCAUCACCACCAGGCCUCUCCCACCCCCUCCACCUCCUCCAGCUCCUCCCAGCAGCUCCAGAACUCGCACCAGCAGCAUCCCCCCUCCAGCAGCGUGGAGGACCGGUUCUCAGAUGACCAGCUGGUCUCCAUGUCUGUGAGGGAGCUCAACAGGCACCUCCGAGGCUUCACCAAAGAUGAGGUGAUCCGCCUCAAGCAGAAGAGGAGGACCUUGAAGAACAGGGGCUAUGCCCAGUCCUGCAGGUAUAAACGUGUCCAGCAGAAACACCACCUGGAGAACGAAAAGACGCAGCUCAUUCAGCAGGUGGAACAGCUCAAGCAAGAAGUGACCCGGCUCGCCAGAGAGAGAGACGCCUACAAGCUCAAGUGUGAGAAACUUGCCAGCAAUGGCUUCAGAGAGGCCGGCUCCACCAGUGACAACCCGUCUUCCCCAGAGUUCUUCAUCAUCCAGUCUUCUAGAGUAGCUGUGGGAAAAGUAGGCUGGGGGUGGGGUUGGGAGAGGUAAAGUGCAACUUUUUGACUUUGGUGUGCAAGUUAGAGAGAGAGAGACAGAGGCAAAGGAGAAAAGGACAAGUGAAGCGUUUUAUAGAUCGCUUGCUUGCAGAGCGAGAUGGACUUUAAAAAGGAUAAUAAUAAAAAAAAGGACAAUGAACAAGCCAUCUAUAACGUACUGCCUGCUUGGAAAGAGAGAGGACAUAUACAGCACCAUCUCAUGCACAAUUUACCUGCUUGGAAAAAGAGAAUAAAUGAAAAGGACAAUAUAUGCAAACACUUCAUAUAUUGCCUGCUUUGAGAAAUAAGUUACAGGACUCAGAUGGGACAUUCAAUCUAAGAAAAGAAAGAAAGAAAAAAUAAAAACUCAUCAGUUUUAUUGCCUGCUUGAUUAUAUAGAAAAAUACGAAAAUCUGCAUUAAAAAUAUUAAUCCUGCAUGCUGGACAUGUAUGGUAAUAAUUUCUAUUUUGUACCAUUUUCUUGUUUAACUAUAGCAUGUUGAUCAUUGAUCAUAGAUUUCUGUUGUUGUUUUGUUUCAUCAAUAAGAAAAGCAUCACAAGUUAUCGAACUUUUUACUGCUUGUGCAGUUUUGUUCGUUGGUUUUGCUCUUGUUUUCUUUUUAUGGUUGUUAGCUUGUAAAUAUCUGCUACUUCAAACCGUACAGGAGAAAAAGACACAAAAAACAAAAUAACAUUUCAGCAGGCUGGUUAUACGGUUUGUUUGGUGUUAAAGAGAUACUUAAAGAAAAAAAAAAAGUUAUGGGCAUUUUGCAUUAGAAAAAACCCAACUUUGUAUAUCUGGUGCACUUUUAAGUUGUAUUUUUUUUUUUUUUGUUAGUUUUCAUUUUGGUUUUUGUUUGUUGGGGCAGAAGCAAAAACGCCUGAAUGGCAUUGACAAACCUAAACUUAACAGGGAAAAACCCUCCUCGGUCACUAGAACCUACUCGAUGCCUUAAAGUGGCAGCGAAGCUCUUUCCUCCAGGACAAUUCCCAGCCUGAGUGGUUUGGCUUGGCCAGAUAAUUUCCCUUCUGAUUGUACACUCAGGAAGCGAAGGACGGACGAGAUAUCAGUUCCAUUUAAAAAACACUGCCCCUAGAUUUUCGGUAAAUAAAGAGAAAAAACCAACCCCAAACCCUCCUCGUUAAGAGUCAAGCUGCGAUAGCAGCGAGGGCUCCGUGUCGCCACUGAAGUUGGGUUUCUCAAUGGCAGCAGCUGAUGAGUGGGCUGGGAAAGCAUUUAAAUCUAAAACUUUUUUUAAGAAGACAUACUGCAUACAACUUUUAAGUGUAUUCUUUUGCAAUGAUUUGUAAUCUGCUUCUCUGCUUCCCUAUGCAGCGAGUGAAAGUUUUAGCCAAAAUUUAUUUGCAGUUGUAUAGUAGUAGUAGUUUGGAGUCUUAUGGGUGUUUUUAUUACUUUUUUUUUUCCUCCUGCAGGUCAGUAAAAGGAUUUACGUUGCACUGACAAAAAUACCAAAAUGAAAACUUAUUUUUUAGUUUCCUUUUAGGGUAGCUGGCACUGCUGGCCGGAUGCAUUUUAAGUUUGUAUUAGUUUAUAAAUUAACAGUAAUAACAAGAUUGUAAUGAACAGCAUGGUGCUUGCAGUUUUAAAUAUUGUGGAUAUUAGUCAUGCAUCAGAAAACGAUCUUUGGUUUUUACUGAUUCAACUGUGUUGAAAUCAAAACAUUGCAGCAGCGGAAAAAAAUUGUUUUUAUUUCAUGUAAAGUUCUGAAGGGAUCAAUUUCAAAUCCUGCUUAUGAUAUGAAAAAUAUUAAAAAACCUGGUCUAUUGUAGUUUUAUUCAGACUGGUUUCUGUUUUUGGUUAUUAAAAUUGUUUCCUAUUUUGCUUAUUAAAAUCAUUGAA